AUGUUUACGUUAAUAGGUGUUUUUUGUACCUGUCCGUACGGGUUCAGUGUUCACGGGGAUUCAUGCUAUAUGGUAGUCGGACUGAAUUCAACAUGGAUAGAGGCCAAGAAAUACUGUGACGUGUUAGGGGGUGACUUGGCUGUGGUAGAGUCGGCAGAAGAGGAGGGGUACAUAGUCAACUUGCUGAAACAGAUCGACAGCGCAGGUACAAUUUUCCCGGAAAACUACUGGUUGGAUGGAACAGAUGUUGUGAAGGAGGGAGAAUUUCGUUGGAUGGGCAAAAAUGGAAAUUCUAUACCUAUAGCUGGUUACACGAAUUGGGCGCCAGGACAGCCGGACAAUGGCGGACACUUAGAAAACUGCCUAGAAAUACGGUUCUCCUUUGGUAUCCUUUGGAAUGACCUAGACUGCAAUGCAAAACAGAAUUUCAUCUGUGAAGCUAGCACUGAGUGGGAAGGAGACAAUAUCAUUGGUUGA